GUGAUUGGUCAGCGUACGUCUCCUAGUCUGACGCGUGAUUGGUCAGCGUACGUCUCCUAGUCUGACGUCUGAUUGGUCAGCGUACGUCUCCUAGUCUGACACGUGAUUGGUCAGCGUACGUCUCCUAGUCUGACGUCUGAUUGGUCAGCGUACGUCUCCUAGUCUGACGCGUGAUUGGUCAGCGUACGUCUCCUAGUCUGACGCGUGAUUGGUCAGCGUACGUCUCCUAUUACGACGUCUGAUUGGUUCGGGUUUUCUGUCUGUUGUCAGCCAGUUCAUUCACAAACUGACUCAUCGUUUAAAGAGCGAUGCUGAUAUAGAAUAACAACAACAACAACAACAACAACAACAACAACAUAUUAACCACAUGAAUCAGGAACGCCGGUUUAACGACGGAGAGGAGAAGAAACGACAAGACGCGACAGAGGAGACUCUCUAUUCUAGAGAGCAGUGGAGGGAAGGAGGGGCGGGGUUCUGGUACCCUAGCUUAUUUAGGGCAUCGCCAUAGCAACAGAGCGAGGGUUCUGCGACAGGCGGAGAUUCUAACUCAGGGGUUCUCCCGCAUAUCAAAAGAAAGUAGUGCACUGUAUUGGGAAUAGGGUGCCAUUUCUGAAUCUUGAGUGGCAAGGGGGGGCGGGGGUUUGGGGGGGGCUCAGAAUACUACAGGAUAGUGUGCUCCUACAGCAGAGCACAUACAUGUUACAUACAUGUUACAUAGGACUAUGUGUUUUAGUGUUACAUCCGUGUUACAAUACUGUCUGUGUAAACACAGAAGUCCGAGGUCGGGGGGGUCACUGUGUCAGGGUCAGGAGGUCACCGUGGUCACUGUGCUAUAAAACACAGCAGUGUGAGGUCGGGGGGGUCACUGUGUCAGGGUCAGGAGGUCACUGUGUCAGGGUUAGGAGGUCACUGUGUCAGGGUCAGGAGGUCACUGUGUCAGGGUCAGGAGGGAAGGGCUUUCUCCUGCUGUCAGAUCAGUGGUUGGGAAGGGCUUUCUGCUGCUGUCAGGGCAGUGGUUGGGAAGGGCUUUCUGCUGCUGUCAGAUCAGUGGUUGGGAAGGGCUUUCUGCUGCUGUCAGAUCAGUGGUUGGGAAGGGCUUUCUGCUGCUGUCAGAUCAGUGGUUGGGAAGGGCUUUCUGCUGCUGUCAGAUCAGUGGUUGGGAAGGGCUUUCUGCUGCUGUCAGGGCAGUGGUUGGGAAGGGCUUUCUGCUGCUGUCAGAUCAGUGGUUGGGAAGGGCUUUCUCCUGCUGUCAGAUCAGUGGUUGGGAAGGGCUUUCUGCUGCUGUCAGGGCAGUGGUUGGGAAGGGCUUUCUCCUGCUGUCAGAUCAGUGGUUGGGAAGGGCGUUCUGCUGCUGUCAGGGCAGUGGUUGGGAAGGGCUUUCUGCUGGGUAGGAGGGUAGGAGGGGUCAUGUCCUGGAAUACGACAGGGAGAAGGGCAGGAGAGGUCAUGUCCUGGAAUACGACAGGGCGAAGGGCAGGAGAGGUCAUGUCCUGGAAUACGACAGGGCGAAGGGCAGGAGAGGUCAUGUCCUGGAAUACGACAGGGCGAAGGGCAGGAGAGGUCAUGUCCUGGAAUACGACAGGGCGAAGGGCAGGAGAGGUCAUGUCCUGGAAUACGACAGGGCGAAGGGCAGGAGAGGUCAUGUCCCGGAAUACGACAGACCCAAAGGGGUCAACAUGUCUGACCUAACCCAGGUCACCUAACUAACCCAGUGGUUCCUGGGGACCCAAAGGGGUCAACAUGUCUGACCUAACCCAGGUCACCUAACUAACCCAGUGGUUCCUGGGGACCCAAAGGGGUCAACAUGUCUGACCUAACCCAGGUCACCUAACUAACCCAGUGGUUCCUGGGGACCCAAAGGGGUCAACAUGUCUGACCUAACCCAGGUCACCUAACUAACCCAGUGGUUCCUGGGGACCCAAAGGGGUCAACAUGUCUGACCUAACCCAGGUCACCUAACUAACCCAGUGGUUCCUGGGGACCCAAAGGGGUCAACAUGUCUGACCUAACCCAGGUCACCUAACUAACCCAGUGGUUCCUGGGGACCCAAAGGGGUCAACAUGUCUGACCUAACCCAGGUCACCUAACUAACCCAGUGGUUCCUGGGGACCCAAAGGGGUCAACAUGUCUGACCUAACCCAGGUCACCUAACUAACCCAGUGGUUCCUGGGGACCCAAAGGGGUCAACAUGUCUGACCUAACCCAGGUCACCUAACUAACCCAGUGGUUGAAUAUGUGGACUACAACUACAAAUACCUAGGUGUCUGGUUAGACUGUAAACUCUUCUUCCAGACUCAACAUUGAACAUCUCCAAUCCAAAAUUAAAUAUAGUAUCGGCUUACUAUUUCGUAACAAACAUGCUUCACUCAUGCUGCCAAACAUACCCUCGUUAAACUGACUAUCCUACCGAUCCUCGACUUCGGCGAUGUCAUUUACAAAAUGGCCUCCAACACUCUACUCGGAAAAUUGUAUGCAGUCUAUCACAGUGCCAUCCAUUUUGUCACCAAAGCCCCAUAUACUACCCACCACUGUGACCUGUAUUCUCUCAUUGGCUGGCCCUCGCUUCAUACUCGUCGCCAAACCCACAGGCUCCAGGUCAUCUAUAAGUCUUUACGAGGUAAAGCCCUGCCUUAUCUCAGCUCACUGGUCACCAGAGCAACACCCACCCGUAGCAUUUGUUAUAUUGUGUUAUUGACUGUACGUUUGUUUAUGUGUAACUCUGUGUUGUUGUUUGUGUCACACUGCUUUGCUUUAUCUUGGCCAGGUGGCAGUUGUAAAUGAGAACUUGUUCUCAACUGGCCUACCUGAUUAAAUAAAGGUGAAAUAAAUCAAAUAAAAAAUGAAAUGACUGAACAAAUGAACAACGAAACAGCACAGCAAGUGAAAGAAAUAGGUUUUGACAUUUACUAGUAAUAUAAUAUAUAUAUAAUAUAUAA